GGUGUUCGAAGGGGAAAUCACGGACGGGGUGUGUUCUCGGAUCGUGUGUUAACGCGUGGACACGCGUGAUUGAUUAUAUUUUUAAUAGAAGAUAUCGAGUGACAGUUUUGGGCCGGCAAUCCCUUAUCAAUUAACAGGUUUAUCGACAGUGGAAUCAUUACGUUACCCUGUAAAUGACAAUUAUGUUUAGUGACCCACAUACGUGUUUAGUGGCUAGUCAUAAUAAUAGUCUGACGUGGCCCUUUUGUCACACAACGCGGGCUUGGUUAGUGCGUCUGUAGAACACGCUUCAUCAUCAGCAGAAAGAUAGCGGCGCAAUCAUAUCAAUAUCUCGAAGCACCGAGUAAUGUGUAUACUUAUUUUUCCUUACGGUGUUCGGAAUUGACGUUUAAUAGUGUUUUAUGAAACAAUUGAUCCUGAGUAUAAAUUUACGAGACAGUUAUACCACGUGGGACUCGUUCUGCAGAUCGAGGCGUAUACACAAUCUAGUUUAUUAGUUUGCCAGCAGCCGUCCGUGGGAAUAGGGUAUGUUUGUAAUCAAUCUGUCUUUGGAUUUAGGAGUCUUCGUUACGGUUUGUGAAGAAGCGACUUGGUAGUUAUGAUUGAGACGGAUUCAAAACCCCGGAUGUGUUUUGGAUGUAGGAUGCACACAAACCGGCUGUUGAUGUCAAGUCUUCUUAUUGUACUGUCAUGGAAGUUUUCGACCGGGACAAAUGGUAUCACGCGUGGACUCGACUCGAAUACAGUGACGCUAUCACCGGCUCUUAGCAAAAUGUAUAGGACGACACAGUCCGAGUUGCUGUUAGAAGGUGAACCAACUGGGACACCGUAUGAUACUACAAACAACACAUUCGUGUUAGACGCUCUGCCGAUGCCGAAAACCGGAUGUCAGGAUUCUUGGAGUACAGCUCGUCUCAGUCUUUCAAAUAUAUCGUCUGUACUUAAUAUUUCCGAGGCACCACAUUUCUCUCACUCGACAAAAGGUGGCGAUAUACAAGAGCUACACUUUUGUGUCUGGCCAGCAGGCGACCACCAACAGCAGCGCUUCGGUUCGGCAUAUGACAACUAUUGUUUUAUUGUAUUAAUUAGCAUAUUCAACGAUGAUGAAGAAAACGUUUGCCCGGAUCAUUUUUACAGAGAUACACUGUUUACCGAAUAUUACUUCUUUGAGUUAUCACCAUCGUCAUCACGUGUUACUCUGGACAGGUGCUGUCGAUUGGCGAACAGUACAAACAAGCCUGGGCCUACUAACGUACUACUGAAUCUUUUACCACCGUACUAUCUACUGUCUGCCAACGACGGUACUUGCCCGAGCAUAGAGGGCAGUGUUACCUCAUCUGAAAAACUGAAACUAAAAGAAAUGAAAUCGGUGGAAUGGGACGGGGUCCAGCUAUGUUACUAUGAAAAAGAAGUUGGGCCUACAGAAGAAAUUUCAUGGACGCUGGAAAAGAAGGUGGAGAUUUCUGUUUACGCCAUCGUCUUAGGCACGCCCACCGCAACGUUGCUAGUCGUAUGCUUAUGCCAAAUUAGGACACGUUCCACAAAAAGGAAGUUUGCUUACAGACAGAGUGGAUUUUCUUCGAAUCACACUCAAGCGUCUGUCAUGUUUCGACAGUCAACAAACCAGGCACCGCUCGACCACCAGCCUUCAUCAAGCUCGCUGAGUGAGCGCAGGGGUUGUAGAGCUUCAACGCGAUUCUGAGUGUUUUACCGAUUCUUGCAGCGUCCAUGAUUCGAACUCGCUGGCAUGGUUCCAACAAGUACAGUAGGCCUAUGCUUCAACCAAUGGCUGAUGUUCAAAUGUGAAGGAAACGAGUAAAUGUCUUGAAAAUGGUGCUCAAUAGGGGUGCACAGAAGUAAAUAACCGGCAUUUCGUCGGAAUCUUAAUCUGGAUUUGAAAUUCCUAUAUGAACAGCUGGAUUUUAAGAGAUAAGGCAAUGAUAUGGUUAAUUCGAUUUCAAUGAUACUGACUAUGGGAGAAUUGUAUUGGGAAGCGUGCAAUAUUUGUGGGCACGCAAAAUGACGAUGCUGUACGGGAUGUACUGUGCAUUUGUUUAUAUGAAUAUUUUAUUUGACAAAGAGACCAGUAAUAUAACCCAUGCCGUUACAGCGAAUGAUUUGUUUGGCUGGAAUAGAUCUGUGAUAUACAACUCCCUGGAUAUACAAACAGGCCUCCGUACUACAGCGGUAUAACACUGGCCUUGUAAGCGUGAAAUCACAAUCAAUUUACGCUCGUCAGAGGAGCUGAAUAAUACUUGACAAGACACUUUUUCGCUGACGGGCUGUUGUUAUUCGGCAUUGUUUUUACCGAUAUUUGCUUACAUGUAUAUAAUAUAUAUAUGGCCUAUAUGUACAGUAUGUAAAUUUGUAUCCGAUUUAUUGGAAUUGAAAAGCAAAUUCUUCAGGGAGCCACGGAAGGCCAUUGUGGAAGGGGACGUCCAUCAACAUCUUCUAAAGAAAGUUACAACACACGGAAUGCUGUUUUAAUAUACACCAUAUUUUUCAGUUUCACAAACACAUAGGUCUAUGAUGCCUUUUACAGCAAAUAUUAUUCGUGGACGUUGUGUUUAGGUUAUGACAGAAAAUAGCGUUAACAAAAAACGCUGCAGUAACGCUUUCAACGUUAACGUUAUUUAAUCAGGUAUUGUUUUAUUAUAAAUAUGUAUUUAUAUGGUUUAAUAUGGAAAAUACGUUUUAAAUAAAAUUUCAAAAAUACUGCAACAUUGAUUAUAAUGUUGUUAUAAUGUAAAAUUAAUAGCUCAUUGUGCAUAGUGGGCUUAAAACUUAACUUAAAAUUAAGCUUUUUUCUGUUUAUCCAGAUGAUGUCAGUGACAAAUAGGCGAGACUUUUAGCCUCUUACUGAUUAGGCGUUUAGGUGUAUGAUGGGCGAAACUGCAGCAUAGCCUCAAGAAAAUUAUAGAAUCGCCCGUCCUAUUCAGGUACAUUGUUUUGCUUCCUGAAUACGAGGAGCGAUUCCAUUAUAUUUGUCUAUGCUCCAGGGUAAAUAAUUAAACAACAGGCAAACAUAAGCCGGGCACACACUGUGCCGACGGUCGUCAGCCGAAGAAAUAUGGAGAACUCAAAGAGACAAGGCGCGCGCAACGGAUCAUUUUAAUGACGAUCCGCUCAGUCUGCCACCAGUAUCAAAUCAGGAAAGAGGCGGUGUCGCAUCGUCAAGUUCUCACUGAGAGCGGUGAUGGAUUCGACGGUCAUACGAGCCUCGAACCUCGAACAUUGUGUGCCCGGUUUUAUAAACUAUGAAAAUUUGUAUAAAUUGGAUAUUAUUAGUACGGUUUGCGUAAAGUCAAUAUAACCACGCGUCUAUAUUGUGUAUAUAAUGUAUGAGUAAACGCAUAUACUGUUGAGCCGUACAGGGCGGUGCACUUCACAUUUUAUAAGAACUAUGUUUUCUAUUCAUAUUUGUUCAAUGUUUGCCGAUCUGUGUAACACCUUAUGUAUCUCGUUAUAGGCCUUAUAUUAAAAAUACAUUUUUGGUAUUUCGUAUUACUUA